ACAAACAAAAUAAAACAUAUUUCAAAGCCAUGAAAAGCAGCCUCCCAACCGUAAUAAAACUAAGUAAACAUAUUUAAAUGUAAAUAUACUUAUAUCUUAAUAAUCUCUAGAUUUGGUCAGAUUUCAACUUAUACAGCAAAAUAUAAUUAAUCUUUUCCCUUACGCGUUUUUGUAAUGAGCAUAUAUACAUAUAUACAUAUAUAUAUAUAUGGUAAAACCUCUCUCUCUUUCUUUCCUUCUAUCUUUUUCCUCUUCCUUUAUAUUCAGACCCAAAAAGAUUUAAAUAGAGACAGCCUUGAAAAGCCAGAGAGAUAGAUCACUACAAAUUUAUACUUAUCCCUGACCGAAACCCAACUCAGAGAUUAACUAAAUAAUGAAGACAACUCUUAUUCUUUCCUUCCUCUGCUUUCUCAUAGGCUUCGCCGGACCUCUGGUUCCGGCAGAAGCAGCCGCCACAGGACGGUGGCAGCUCUUGCAAUCAAACAUAGGCAUUACGGCCAUGCACAUGCAAUUGCUCAGCAAUGACAAAGUUGUCAUCUUUGACCGUACUGACUUCGGCGCUUCAAACUUGUCUUUACCAGAUGGAAAAUGUCGUAUCGAUUCAAACGACACCGUUUUAAAGGACGACUGCACAGCUCACUCGGUUGAAUACGACGUCGCUUCAAACACGUUUCGACCUCUUAUGGUUCAGACCGAUGUGUGGUGCUCGUCGGGUUCAGUGACGACCGACGGGACCCUCGUCCAGACUGGUGGCUACAACGAUGGAGAACGAAUGGUCAGGAUGAUGAAGCCGUGCUCAUCGGGUGACUGUGAUUGGACGGAGAUUCCGUUGGGUCUCGCCGCACGUAGAUGGUAUGCAACUGACCAUAUCCUUCCCGACGGCCAAGUGAUCGUCAUCGGUGGACGGAGACAGUUCAACUACGAGUUUUAUCCAAAAGCUUCUUCUACGGCUAAACACUUGUACAGUUUACCGUUCUUAGUUCAGACAAACGAUAGAGGAGAAGAAAAUAAUUUAUAUCCAUUUGUUUUUCUCAAUGUUGAUGGCAACCUUUUCAUCUUUGCCAACAACAGAGCUAUAUUAUUGGACUAUAAGAAAAACCGGGUCGUUAAAUCCUACCCACAAAUACCGGGUGGUGACCCGAGAUCUUACCCGAGUACUGGAUCCGCUGUUCUUCUUCCACUGAAGAAUCUAAAGGCACAAUCCAUUGGAGCUGAGGUUUUGAUAUGUGGUGGUGCUCCGAGAGGUUCUUAUAUUCAAGCAACGAAGAAUAAUUUCCUUCCAGCUCUAAAGACUUGUGCCCGGAUCACAAUAACCGACCCGAAUCCGAACUGGGUCAUGGAGGAUAUGCCUAUUGCUAGAGUCAUGGGUGAUAUGAUAUUGCUUCCAAACGGCAACGUUUUGAUUAUAAACGGAGGCUCGUCCGGAACUGCUGGAUGGGAAUUUGGUAGGGACCCUGUUCUAAACCCGGUUGUUUACCGACCCGAUAACAAAAUCGGGUCCCGAUUCGAAACCGAAAACCCAUCAACAAUUCUUCGUAUGUAUCACUCCACGGCUGUGCUUCUCCGAGAUGGUCGUGUCCUCGUCGGCGGAAGUAACCCUCACGUCUACUACAACUUCACCGGAGUACUUUUCCCGACAGAGCUGAGAUUAGAGGCGUUUAGUCCUUCGUAUUUGGAUCCACAGUUUUCGAGCCUGCGCCCGAGGAUUGUACUGCCCAGUUCGCAAACUAAGUUGUCGUAUGGGCAAAAGGUUGUCGUUCGUUUUAUCUUAAGAGGAACAGUGGCACAGAAUUUGUUGUCGUUGACUGUGGUGGCGCCGUCGUUUAAUACACACUCUUUCUCAAUGAAUCAAAGGCUUUUGGUAUUGUCGGUGGAGAAAAUUACAAGUUUAGGGAAAUCAACGUACCAAAUUGAAGCAACCACACCCGGUUCGGGUACACUUGCACCAUCCGGAUAUUAUCUAUUGCAUGUGGUCCAUCAAGAAAUUCCAAGCGAGGGUAUUUGGGUCCAGAUAAAAUAAAAUAAAAAAACUCAGAUGAUAUGAUGAGUGACAUUUACAUUUUACAUUUAUUUUUAUUGUUACUAUUCUUUCUUUUGUUCAUUAAUAGAGCAAAGAAACAUUUUAAAGGAAGAAAAAUAUAUAUAUAUAUUUAUUGAUUUUAAAAUAAAUGAUAGACAGAGGUAAUUGAAGAAGUGUGUUGUGUAGUACUGUGAUGUAGGGUAUAAAAAUUGAUUAUUGUAAUCCUACUCUCACUUUGAUAUAGAAAUUUAUUUGAUAAUGAUUUAUUAUA